AUGGCGAGAGAAUGUUAUGCAGCUGGACUAAGAGUAAAGCAACGGUCGCACGCAAAACUGGAUGAUCGAUCGGUAGUAGCGGCAGCUGAUCUAGACCCAAGGUUAAAUACCGAAGAUCGAAUGGAGCCUAUGGGUGAAACUCAACCGUUCAGGUUGGGAGAUGAACCAGAUAAAUUAACGUCAAUUGGGAAGAAUUUGAACAAAGACCACGUGAAAGAUAUCGGUCAGGCAGUAGAUGAGGAGGUACAGAAGCUGUUGGAUGCAGGUUUUAUACGUGAAGUGAAGUACACAACUUGGUUGGCCAAUGUGGUUCUGGUAAAAAAUUCUACUGGUAAAUGGAGAAUGUGCACUGACUUCACUGAUCUGAAUAAGGCAUGCCCUAAAGACACAUACCCUCUCCCUAGUAUAGAUGGCUUGGUGGAUGGGGUUUCUGGUUAUGAAGUAUUGAGCUUUUUAGAUGCCUAUUCGAGCCGUUCUUUGGAAGAUCAUGUUAAGGAUUUGGAAGAGGUACUUGGACAGGUUAGAAAAUACGGGAUGAGGUUGAAUCCCGCAAAAUGCACGUUCGGUGUAAAUGCAGGGAGAUUUUUAGGAUUCAUGCUGACGGUCAGAGGAAUAGAAGCUAACCCUGAUAAGUGUAAAGCCAUUCUGGAGAUGCGAAGUCCACAUAAUUUGAAAGAAAUACAACGAUUGGUCGAUCGGCUGACGUCCUUGUCACGAUUUAUUCCAGAGUUGGCAGAGAAGAUUAAGCCUAUUUUAAAGCUUAUGAAGAAAAGCGCGUUAGAAGGGUGGAAUGAGGAGUGUGAAGAGACGUUUAAGGAUGUUAAGGGAAUUCUGACUGUCCCACCCGUUAUGGGGAGACCGGAUCCCGAUCAUACAUUGCAAGUAUUCUUAGUUGUGACCGACACCGCAAUUAGCGCUGCUUUAAUCCAAGAAGAUCCUCAGUUCAAGUUGAUCUACUUUCUCAGUCGAAGUUUGAAAGAAACGGAAGUUCGGUAUCAAAAGCUGGAGAAAAUAGCCUUGUCUUUGUCAUACGUCGCUCGGCGCCUUCGGCCAUAUUUUCAAGGGCAUCAAGUGAUAGUUAGAACUGAUUACCCAAUAGCCAAAAUUUUACGUAAACCUGAUUUGGCAGGGAGGAUGAUAGGAUGGUCGGUUGAAUUGUCAGAGUUUGGGUUGCAAUAUGAACCUAGGGGAUCACUGAAGGGUCAACACUUAGCUGAUUUUGCUGUAGAACUGCCAUAUGCAGUAGACGGACAUGGUUGGAAAUUAUAUGUGGACGGGUCAGCAUGCAAAACUGAUGGAGGAGCGGGAAUUGUUUUAGAAGGCCCAAACGGUAUAAUUAUUGAACAAUCUAUUAUUUUCAAAUUCAAAGCCAGCAAUAAUCAAGCUGAAUAUGAAGCAUUAAUUGCUGGAAUGGAACUAGCUCGGGAUAUUGGGGCAUACAGUUUAGAGUGUCGUACGGAUUCUCAGAACACUCGAGCCAAUCGUCUGUCCAAGUUAGCUAAUGGAAAAGAAAAGGGAUUCUUGAAUUCAGUGAUUCGGCAGGUGCUACCCGAACCAAGCAUAAGGUGUUUUAGCAUUUGUGCCUCUAAUAAUCCCAAUAGUCAGAAUUGUUGGAAGGAUGAGAUCGUUCGGCUAAUACGGGAGCAAGAUGAAAGAAAGAAUCUGCAUGCUGAAGAAGCCAAGAAAAUAUCUAGAUAUUGUUUGAUCGGGGAUGAUUUGUACCGAAGAGGAUAUGUGACGCCUAUCAUGAAGUGUUUGUCGAAAGAGGAAGCAGAUUAUGUCCUUCGGGAAUUACAUUAUGGCGUGUGUGGAAGGCAUACGGGGGGUAGGGCAUUGAAAGCUCGUGUCCUAAGGGCGGGAUUUUUCUGGCCUACAUUGGAGAAAGACUGCUUAGUCUUUUCACAGAAGUGUCUAUCCUGCCAAAAACAUGGCAAUGUGUUCCAUGCUCCAGCAACAGAGUUACAUAAUAUAGUUUCCCCAUGGCCAUUUUCUCAGUGGGGUAUGGAUAGAGUUGGUCCCUUCCCGAUCAGCAGAUCUCAAAAGAAAUUUCUUCUCGUCGUAGUGGAUUAUUUCACCAAAUGGGUUGAAGUCGAACCACUGGCGAAAAUCUCUACUACUCAGGUCAAACGGUUCGUAUGGCGCCUCAUAUGCAGAUUUGGACUACCAAGAACCAUGAUAACAGAUAAUGGAAGGCAAUUUAUUGACAAGAGAUUACAGAACUUCUACAAAGAAUUAGGCAUCAACAGCAUAACAAGUUCGGUUGAGCAUCCUCAGACGAACGGCCAAGCAGAAGCUGCCAACAAGAUUAUUGUCAAUGAACUUAAGAAACGCUUAGGUGAAGCUAAAGGAGGAUGGGUGGAUGAAAUUGAUUAG